GGAAACCAUCAUAAGGUGACCACAACAACGUGUAGAUCAUCCAGUUUGGUGCAACGCUACAGCUGGCUUGGCUUGAGGAUCUUUUUUGAGGUUCAGUUACCGCUUUUACACCGUUCCUGUGGCAGUGUCAACCUGAACUUGUACGUUGCCCUGCAAUCUGCGCAAUUUACAGAAAGGAAACAGCAUCAUGAACGCACUACCAAAUUGAUCAAGGCGGGAGCCAUCAGUGAAACAGAAUUAGGACAGACUUACGUGGCCGGUUACGAAAAUGUCUACUCCUGCCAACAUAAUCGACAAUCCUGCCUCGCCUAAAGUGGAAAAUUGGGACGAUGAUGAAGAUUUAGACUUCUCCAAUGUUGACUCAAGAGAUGCUUUACAGCUACCUUCUUCGCGAAGGCAGUCCAUCGAUUUGCUAGUGAGUCAAGCUGACGAUAUUACUGGAAAGUCAAGUGAAGAUGAUCAAAUUAUGAACAUCGUGAAGGAAGAUCUACACGAUGACGAAGAGGAGGAAGAAGAUCAAGGAGACACGUUGAGGGUGUCUGAUCUGACCACUGAAACAUUGGCUAAAUUGGCAACUUAUGCGAAGAAGAAGAAAGCGGAUGGUACUGAAACCGCAGAAGCAAGCAAGGACGACGAUUUGGCGAAUCUCAAUCAGGCAUCUUUACAGCAUCUCGAUGAUCAGCACGAUGAGUACAAACAAAUUGACCAACAAGAUGGUGGCGGCGAUGAUUGGGACGAAGGUCUCGAGAUUCCAAACUCAUUCUCCUUGCAAUCUCUGAAAGUCAGACAUAGCAGUAGCGCCAGCGAGAUCGAUUUCGAAACACCAAGCCAAACAUCAGCAAGUGAUGCAACCUCGUUGAGUAUCACUAGCGACCAUCAAGAAGACAUCAGCGCUGAUCAAUCGCUCAGACCGCUCGAAGGUGGAAAGAAGGACGAAGGGAAAACACGAGAAUUGGAUACAUCCGCUUCUGAAACCCCGUUCCAUACAUUUGCCAGAAAUUAUCAGGAUAACGAUGAAGAGGAUGGCUUCUAUCUUCCCGAUCAAAUGCAGGCUUUGCAUCUUACUGCAAAUUUGGGCAGGGGUGCAAAUCGCGAUGAUAUAGAAAGGCAAAGCGUGAUCUCUUCGCAUCCGAGUGAAGAAGGUUGGGACAGCCUGUCUCCUUCCAAACACAAGCAAAACCAAAUCGAUCCAUCAGAAAGAGGUUCAGCUGCUGGUGAUUUGGGAAAUGACGUGACGGAAGAAGACUUUGAUGAGCUUGACUUUGAUUCAUUUCAGAACGAGCAGGAUGAUUCCGGUCAACCCGAAGGAUCACAACAAAAGCCCUUGACUCUUGCUCAGCAGCUACAAGCACGACUAAAUGCACGCAAAUCAUCUGCUAAACGCGGCAAAGGUGAAAGUGGCAAGGAAGGAACUUUGAGUCAUGGAGAGACGGAAUUGACAUCAGGAUUGGUGAUUACGGAUGAUUUGGAUCUUUCACCAAGUAGACUCAAAGCUAGAAGUCUGAGUAGCAGGUUACGCGAAGCUGCACAUCUUCGUCGAAAGCGACAGGGUGAAAAGCAGACGCAGUCUUCCUUUCUGGAUCACAAGAGCAAGCACAGAGAACAAAUGGAGAAUUUUGAUGAUCAAGCAAGCAUCUAUUCUAGCAGCACAAAAUCCUCUAAGGACCGUUUAGGCGUGGGCAGGAUGAUCAAGAGGGCUUCUUCACCAAUUUUAAAGGGUAAUAAGAGAUCAAGGGAAGGCUUGCCAGAUUCUUCCAGUGGUACAAAAUCAUACGUAGGUCAAUGGACGGAAACACUGACCAAUCGAUUUUCUACUUCGAGACCAUCGACACCUACUCGGACUCUUUCACCAAGUGGUAGAGUGGCCACUCAACAAGCCGGAAGCAUGGGCUAUGCGAUGCCAACUGCGGCUUCACUUGCACGUCUUUCACCUCCGCAAGAGCGGGAUCUUCGAUCGUCUAUGUUGAACGCAAGUCAAGCCCCAAAGAUUAUGCGUAAGCCACGCAAACCACGCAAAUAUGGCGAUGGGAAGGAACUGGAAGACAUUGCUGAUUUGCCCGUGCCGAGAUCACCGUCUAGUAAACCUGAAAAAGCAAAAGGAUCCAAGGAAAGCGCACAAUCACAUCAGCAACAAAUCGCAAGGCCGAAUGAGUCUACAAAGGGGUCAAGUAAGCAUCGCAAAAAGAAGCAGCCAAUCUUGAUUCGCAAUCUUGGCGGAUCGGGUUCAUCUUCGAAAAUGGUGGGUGAUAUGCGAUGGAAUCCAACUUUGAAAAAGUGGGAAGGAAAUGAACAAGAAGGACGUGAUUUUGAGAACGCUAUUCGUGGCACGGGGAGACCGGCGCUUAUAUCUCAUCUUUCAUUUGGACCGAUGAAGAUCUCGUCAGAUGCGAUGAGUCCGCCGCCUCCGGUCAUUGUUUCAUCUUCUUCAACUUUCAACACUGCACUCUUGACCUCUCCUACAGCGAUCAGCAGUCCUUCUGCGUCACUUAAUGUUGUAGGUGGAAUGGUGUUUGAUCCGAUCAAAUUAUGUUGGAAGCGACAAGAUGGGCAGGAGGAAGAAGAUCCAUUUGAGGCUCUAGCUGAUGAAUCUGGAUCUGACUCUGACAAGGAUGGCUUGAUGGAUGAGAGCGUAGGAACAGAAGAAGAGUUGCGACUUCGGAAGAUGCGACAACGUACGGCAUCGGCAGAAGCUUUACGAAUUGUACGACAGUCUGAUCCGCCAAUAGGCACAGGGGAUGAUUCGCAACUUGAAGGCGAUUACAAUGAUGCAGGAAUGCAUCACAGUAUCAGUCAAACAAUUCGGUCCAGCGUAUCGUUUGAGAAGUCCAAAGUUGCUGAUAUUCCAGUUCACUUGAAAGGCAAAAUCCCUGAAUCUGUUUGGAAUGCAUCUAUUAUCGCCCAAAGAAGACAUGUACAAGAAAUGGCAGGAUAUCGAAUUCGUGAGAAGGGCGUUAGCGGAAGUGCAACACCUUUAUCCGUCAGCUCAACGUCAACCGUUACUUCUCCUAGACCUGUUUCGAGAGGAGCUAAUCCAGAUCGUCAAAGAGUGCAACUGCUGAAUCGAGAAGGGCCACUCUAUCUGAUUCAAUCGUUAUCCAGGAUGGCAGCCAGAGGUACUUGAAGGAAGUUUUACAAGUUUUUUUUAUUUCUUUUUCUUUUUAUAUAUCGAAUUUUGCUAAUUAACCAUGUAUGUAUUUAUAAUCAACUUUUAAUGACCAUGAUGACAAC